AUGAGCGACGAUCAUUUGGCAUAUUGUGGUUUUGGGAAGAAAGCGAUCAAACCUUCCACUACUUUAAAAGAAUACCGACUUAAAUCUGGCUGUCCUGAGGGUUCUGAGGGUUAUGAUAUCGACAUGUGUUUGGCCAUAGCCGAUCCUGAUAUGCCACGCAUUCUUCCCAGAGACAGAGGCGCUCCCAUCUAUUUUUUGACCGCUUCGGACAGAAAAGCUGAGUGUCUUUAUGCAAUUUUGGGAAAGAAUGACGAAGAAACUGGGUACUCGCGAUCAUGGUUAUCGCAAAACGUAACAGAGAGCGCAGUCAAACGCUGGAUAGACAAUGAAAUACAGAAGCUGCAGCGCACGACAACCUCCGGCACGACAACCGAGGGGUAUACUAGUGCAACCACUAGUGAACUGACAAGUUCGGAGAUCUCCAGCACUACCUCAGCCACAGCACCUGUGGUUACGACUAGUACUACUACUCCUGAAAUAACGACGUCAGAAGCCUCCAGCACUACCUCAGCCACAUCACCUGUGGUUACGACUAGUACUACUACCCCUGAAAUAACGACGUCAGAAGCCUCCAGCACUACCUCAGCCACAGCACCUCUGGUUACGACUAGUACUACUACUCCUGAAACAACGACGUCAGAAGCCUCCAGCACUACCUCAGCCACAUCACCUGUGGUUACGACUAGUACUACUACCCCUGAAAUAACGACGUCAGAAGCCUCCAGCACUACCUCAGCGAUAGCACCUCUGGUUACGACUAGUACUACUACUCCUGAAAUAACGACGUCAGAAGCCUCCAGCACUACCUCAGCCACAUCACCUGUGGUUACGACUAGUACUACUACCCCUGAAAUAACGACGUCAGAAGCCUCCAGCACUACCUCAGCCACAGCACCUGUGGUUACGACUAGUACUACUACUCCUGAAAUAACGACGUCAGAAGCCUCCAGCACUACCUCAGCCACAUCACCUGUGGUUACGACUAGUACUACUACCCCUGAAAUAACGACGUCAGAAGUCUCCAGCACUACCUCAGCCACAGCACCUCUGGUUACGACUAGUACUACUACUUCUGAAAUAACGACGUCAGAAGCCUCCAGCACUACCUCAGCCACAUCACCUGUGGUUACGACUAGUACUACUACCCCUGAAAUAACGACGUCAGAAGCCUCCAGCACUACCUCAGCGACAGCACCUCUGGUUACGACUAGUACUACUACUCCUGAAAUAACGACGUCAGAAGCCUCCAGCACUACCUCAGCCACAUCACCUGUGGUUACGACUAGUACUACUACCCCUGAAAUAACGACGUCAGAAGCCUCCAGCACUACCUCAGCCACAGCACCUCUGGUUACGACUAGUACUACUACUCCUGAAAUAACGACGUCAGAAGCCUCCAGCACUACCUCAGCCACAUCACCUGUGGUUACGACUAGUACUACUACUCCUGAAAUAACGACGUCAGAAGCCUCCAGCACUACCUCAGCCACAGCACCUCUGGUUACGAUUAGUACUACUACCCCUGAAAUAACGACGUCAGAAGCCUCCAGCACUACCUCAGCCACAUCACCUGUGGUUACGACUAGUACUACUACCCCUGAAAUAACGACGUCAGAAGCCUCCAGCACUACCUCAGCCACAGCACCUCUGGUUACGACUAGUACUACUACUCCUGAAAUAACGACGUCAGAAGCCUCCAGCACUACCUCAGCCACAUCACCUGUGGUUACGACUAGUACUACUACUCCUGAAAUAACGACGUCAGAGGCCUCCAGCAGUACCUCAGCUACAGCACCUCUGGUUACGACUAGUACUACUACUCCUGAAAUAACGACGUCAGAAGCCUCCAGCACUACCUCAGCCACAUCACCUGUGGUUACGACUAGUACUACUACCCCUGAAAUAACGACGUCAGAAGCCUCCAGCACUACCUCAGCCACAUCACCUGUGGUUACGACUAGUACUACUACCCCUGAAAUAACGACGUCAGAAGCCUCCAGCACUACCUCAGCCACAGCACCUCUGAUUACGACUAGUACUACUACUCCUGAAAUAACGACGUCAGAAGCCUCCAGCACUACCUCAGCCACAUCACCUGUGGUUACGACUAGUACUACUACCCCUGAAAUAACGACGUCAGAAGUCUCCAGCACUACCUCAGCCACAGCACCUCUGGUUACGACUAGUACUACUACUCCUGAAAUAACGACGUCAGAAGCCUCCAGCACUACCUCAGCCACAUCACCUGUGGUUACGACUAGUACUACUACUCCUGAAAUAACGACGUCAGAAGCCUCCAGCACUACCUCAGCCACAGCAUCUCUGGUUACGACUAGUACUACUACUCCUGAAAUAACGACGUCAGAAGCCUCCAGCACUACCUCAGCCACAUCACCUGUGGUUACGACUAGUACUACUACCCCUGAAAUAACGACGUCAGAAGCCUCCAGCACUACCUCAGCCACAGCACCUCUGGUUACGACUAGUACUACUACUCCUGAAAUAACGACGUCAGAAGCCUCCAGCACUACCUCAGCCACAUCACCUGUGGUUACGACUAGUACUACUACCCCUGAAAUAACGACGUCAGAAGCCUCCAGCACUACCUCAGCUACAGCACCUGUGGUUGCGACUAGUACUACUACUCCUGAAAUAACGACGUCAGAAGCCUCCAGCACUACCUCAGCCACAGCACCUGUUGUUACGACAGGUACUUCUACUCCUGAAAUAACGACGUCAGAAGCCUCCAGCACUACCUCAGCCACAGCACCUGUGGUUACGGCUAGUACUACUACUCCUGAAAUAACGACGUCAGAAGCCUCCAGGACUACCUCAGCCACAGCAUCUGUGGCUACGACUAGUACUACUACUCCUGAAAUAACGACGUCAGAAGCCUCCAGCACUACCUCAGCCACAGCACCUGUGGUUACGGCUAGUACUACUACUCCUGAAAUAACGACGUCAGAAGCCUCCAGCACUACCUCAGCCACAGCACCUGUGGUUACGACUAUUACUACUACUCCUGAAAUAACGACGUCAGAAGCCUCCAGCACUACCUCAGCCACAGCACCUGUUGUUACGACUGGUAGUCCUGCUCCUGAAAUAACGACGUCAGAAGCCUCCAGCACUACCUCAGCCACAGCACCUGUCAUUACGACUAGUACUACUACUCCCGAAAUAACGACGUCAGAAGCCUCCAGCACUACCUCAGCCACAGCACCUGUGGUUACGACUAGUACUACUACUCCUGAAAUAACGACGUCAGAAGCCUCCAGUACUACAUCAGCAACAGCACCUGAUGUUACGACUGGUACUUUUAUUCCUGAAAUAACGACGUCAGAAGUCUACAGCACUACCUCAGCCACAUCACCUGUGGUUACGACUAGUACUACUACUCCUGAAAUAACGACGUCAGAAGCCUCCAGCACUACCUCAGCCACGGCACCUGUUGUUACGACUGGUACUCCUACUCCUGAAAUAACGACGUCAGAAGAUUCCAGGACUACCUCAGCGACAGCACCUGUGAUUACGACUAGUACUACUACUCCCGAAAUAACGACGUCAGAAGCCUCCAGCACUACCUCAGCCACAGCACCUGUUGUUACGACUGGUACUCCUACUACUGAAAUAACGACGUCAGAAGCCUCCAGCACUACCUCAGCCACAGCACCUGUGAUUACGACUGGUACUUCUACUCCUGAAAUAAGGACAUCAGAAGCCUCCAGCACUACCUCAGCCACAGCACCUGUGAUUACGACUAGUGCUACUACUCCCGAAAUAACGACGUCAGAAGCCUCCAGCACUACCUCAGCCACAGCACCUGUGGUUACGACUAGUACUACUACUCCUGAAAUAACGACGUCAGAAGCCUCCAGCACUACCUCAGCCACAUCACCUGUCAUUACGACUAGUACUACUACUCCCGAAAUAACGACGUCAGAAGCCUCCAGCACUACCUCAGCCACAGCACCUGUGGUUACGACUAGUACUACUUCUCCUGAAAUAACGACGCCAGAAGCCUCCAGGACUACCUCAGCUGCAGCACCUGUGGUUACGACUAGUACUACUACUCCUGAAAUAACGACGUCAGAAGCCUCCAGCACUACCUCAGCCACAGCACCUGUUGUUACGAUUGGUACUUCUACUCCUGAAAUAACGACGUCAGAAGCCUCCAGCACUACCUCAGUCAUAGCAACUGUGGUUACGGCUAGUACUACUACUCCUGAAAUAACGACGUCAGAAGCCUCCAGCAGUACCUCAGCCACAGCAACUCUGGUUACGACUAGUACUACUACUCCUGAAACAACGACGUCAGAAGCCUCCAGCACAACCUCAGCCACAUCACCUGUGGUUACGACUAGUACUACCACCCCUGAAAUAACGACGUCAGAAGUCUCCAGCACUACCUCAGCUACAGCACCUGCGGUUACGACUAGUACUACUACUGAAAUAACGACGUCAGAAGCCUCCAGCACUACCUCAGCCACAGCACCUGUUGUUACGACAGGUACUUCUACUCCUGAAAUAACGACGUCAGAAGCCUCCAGCACUACCUCAGCCACAGCACCUGUGGUUACGUCUAGUACUACUACUCCUGAAAUAACGACGUCAGAAGCCUCCAGCACUACCUCAGCCACAUCACCUGUUGUUACGAUUGGUACUUCUACUCCUGAAAUAACGACGUCAGAAGCCUCCAGCAGUACCUCAGCCACAGCACCUCUGGUUAUGACUAGUACUACUACUCCUGAAAUAACGACGUCAGAAGCCUCCAGCACUACCUCAGCCACAUCACCUGUGGUUACGACUAGUACUACUACCACUGAAAUGACGACGUCAGAAGCCUCCAGCACUACCUCAGCUACAGCACCUGUGGUUACGACUAGUACUAAUACUCCUGAAAUAACGACGUCAGAAGCCUCCAGCACUACCUCAGCCACAGCACCUGUUGUUACGACAGGUACUUCUACUCCUGAAAUAACGACGUCAGAAGCCUCCAGCACUACCUCAGCCACAGCAACUGUGGUUACGGCUAGUACUACUACUCCUGAAAUAACGACGUCAGAAGCCUCCAGGACUACCUCAGCCACAGCAUCUGUGGUUACGACUAGUACUACUACUCCUGAAAUAACGACGUCAGAAGCCUCCAGCACUACCUCAGCCACAGCACCUGUUGUUACGACUGGUACUUCUACUCCUGAAAUAACGACGUCAGAAGCCUCCAGCACUACCUCAGCCACAGCACCUGUGGUUACGUCUAGUACUACUACUCCUGAAAUAACGACGUCAGAAGCCUCCAGCACUACCUCAGCCACAUCACCUGUUGUUACGAUUGGUACUUCUACUCCUGAAAUAACGACGUCAGAAGCCUCCAGCAGUACCUCAGCCACAGCACCUCUGGUUAUGACUAGUACUACUACUCCUGAAAUAACGACGUCAGAAGCCUCCAGCACUACCUCAGCCACAUCACCUGUGGUUACGACUAGUACUACUACCACUGAAAUGACGACGUCAGAAGCCUCCAGCACUACCUCAGCUACAGCACCUGUGGUUACGACUAGUACUAAUACUCCUGAAAUAACGACGUCAGAAGCCUCCAGCACUACCUCAGCCACAGCACCUGUUGUUACGACAGGUACUUCUACUCCUGAAAUAACGACGUCAGAAGCCUCCAGCACUACCUCAGCCACAGCAACUGUGGUUACGGCUAGUACUACUACUCCUGAAAUAACGACGUCAGAAGCCUCCAGGACUACCUCAGCCACAGCAUCUGUGGUUACGACUAGUACUACUACUCCUGAAAUAACGACGUCAGAAGCCUCCAGCACUACCUCAGCCACAGCACCUGUUGUUACGACUGGUACUUCUACUCCUGAAAAAACGACAUCAGAAGCCUCCAGCACUACCUCAGCCACAGCACCUGUGGUUACGACUAGUACUACUACUCCUGAAAUAACGAUGUCAGAAGCCUCCAGCACUACCUCAGCCACAGCACCUGUUGUCACGACUGGUACUCCUAGUCCUGAAUUAACGACGUCAGAAGCCUCCAGCACUACCUCAGCCACAGCAUCUGUCAUUACGACUAGUACUACUACUCCCGAAAUAACGACGUCAGAAGCCUCCAGCACUACCUCAGCCACAGCACCUGUGAUUACGACUGGUACUACUACUCCUGAAAUAACGACAAGCGAAGCCUCCAGUACUACUUCAGCCAAAGCACCUGUGGUUACGACUAGUACUUACACUCAUGAAAUAACGACGUCAGAAGCUUCCAGCACUACCACAGCCACAGCACCUGUGGUUACGAUUAGUACUACUACUCCCGAAAUAACGACGUCAGAAUUUUCCAGCACUACCUCAGCCACAGCAUCUGUGGUUACGAAAAGUAAAAGCACUCCUGAAAAAACGACGUCAGAAGCGUCCGGCACUACCUCAGCCACAGCUCCUAGGGUUACGGCUAGUACCACUAGUCAUGAAAUAACGACGUCAGAAAGCUUCAGCACUACCUCAGCCACAGCACCUGUGGUUACCACAAGCACUACUACUCCUGAACUAACGACGUCAGAAGCCUCCAGCACUACCUCAGCCACAGCACCUGUGGUUACGACUAGUAGUACUGCUCCUGAAAUAACGACGUCGGAAGCCUCCAGCACUACCACAGCCACAGCACCUGUGGUUACGACUAGUACUACUACUCCCGAAAAAACGACGUCAGAAGCCUCCAGCACUACCUCUACCACAGCACCUGUCGUCACGACUAAAACUACUACUUCUGAAAUAACGACGUCAGAGGCCUCCAGCACUAUCUCAGCCACAGCACCUGUGGUUGCGACUAGCACUACUACUCCUGAAAUAACGACGUCAGAAGCCUCCAGCACUACCUCAGCCACAUCACCUGUGGUUACGACUAGUAGUACUGCUCCUGAAAUAACGACGUCGGAAGCCUCCAGCACUACCUCAGCCACAGCAUCUGUGGUUACGACUAGUACUACUACUCCCGAAAAAACGACGUCAGAAGCCUCCAGCACUACCUCAGCCACAGCACCUGUCGUCACGACUAAAACUACUACUUCUGAAAUAACGACGUCAGAGGCCUCCAGCACUACCUCAGCCACAGCACCUGUGGUUACGACUAGCACUACUAAUCCUGAAAGAACGACGUCAGAAGCCUCCAGCACUACCUCAGCCACAGCACCUGUGGUUGCGACUAGUACUACUACUCCUGAAAAAACGACGUCAGAAAGCUCCAGCACUACCUCAGCCACAGCACCUGUGGUUACCACAAGCACUACUAUUCCUGAACUAAUGACGUCAGAAGCCUCCAGCACUACCUCAGCCACAGCACCACCUGUGGUUACGACUAGUAGUAAUGCUCCUGAAAUAACGACGUCGGAAGCCUCCAGCACUACCUCAGCCACAGCACCUGUGGUUACCACAAGCAUUACUACUCCUGAACUAUUGACGUCAGAAGCCUCCAGCACUACCUCAGCCACAGCACCUGUGGUUACGGCUAGUACUACUACUCCUGAAAUAACGACGUCAGAAGCCUCCAGCACUACCUCAGCCACAUCACCUGUGGUUACGACUAGUACUACUACCCCUAAAAUAACGACGUCAGAAGUCUCCAGCACUACCUCAGCUACAGCACCUGUGGUUACGACUAGUAGUACUGCUCCUGAAAUAACGACGUCUGAAGCCUCCAGCACUACCUCAGCCACAGCACCUCUGGUUACGACUAGUACUACUACUCCUGAAAUAACGACGUCAGAAGCCUCCAGCACUACCUCAGCCACAUCACCUGUGGUUACGACUAGUACUACUACCCCUGAAAUAACGACGUCAGAAGUCUCCAGCACUACCUCAGCUACAGCACCUGUGGUUACGACUAGUAGUACUGCUCCUGAAAUAACGACGUCGGAAGCCUCCAGCACUACCUCAGCCACAGCACCACCUGUGGUUACGACUAGUAGUAAUGCUCCUGAAAUAACGACGUCGGAAGCCUCCAGCACUACCUCAGCCACAGCACCUGUGGUUACCACAAGCACUACUACUCCUGAACUAUUGACGUCAGAAGCCUCCAGCACUACCUCAGCCACAGCACCUGUGGUUACGGCUAGUACUACUACUCCUGAAAUAACGACGUCAGAAGCCUCCAGCACUACCUCAGCCACAUCACCUGUGGUUACGACUAGUACUACUACCCCUGAAAUAACGACGUCAGAAGUCUCCAGCACUACCUCAGCUACAGCACCUGUGGUUACGACUAGUAGUACUGCUCCUGAAAUAACGACGUCGGAAGCCUCCAGCACUACCUCAGCCACAGCACCUCUGGUUACGACUAGUACUACUACUCCUGAAAUAACGACGUCAGAAGCCUCCAGCACUACCUCAGCCACAUCACCUGUGGUUACGACUAGUUCUACUACCCCUGAAAUAACGACGUCAGAAGUCUCCAGCACUACCUCAGCUACAGCACCUGUGGUUACGACUAGUAGUACUGCUCCUGAAACAACGACGUCGGACGCCUCCAGCACUACCUCAGCCACAGCACCUGUGGUUACGACUAGUACUACUACUCCCGAAAAAACGACGUCAGAAGCCUCCAGCACUACCUCAGCCACAGCACCUGUCGUCACGGCUAAAACUACUACUUCUGAAAUAAUGACAUCAGAGGCCUCCAGCACUACCUCAGCCACAGCACCUGCGGUUACGACUAGCACUACUAAUCCUGAAAGAACGACGUCAGAAGCCUCCAGCACUAUCUCAGCCACAGCGCCUGUGGUUGCGACUAGUACUACUACUCCUGAAAUAAAGACGUCAGAAAGCUCCAGCACUACCUCAGCCACAGCACCUGUCGUCACGACUAAAACUACUACUUCCGAAAUAACGACGUCAGAGGCCUCCAGCACUACCUCAGCCACAGCACUUGUGGUUACGACUAGUAGAACUGCUCCUGAAAUAACGACGUCGGAAGCCUCCAGCACUACCUCAGCCACAGCACCUGUCGUCACGACUAAAACUACUACUUCUGAAAUAACGACGUCAGAGGCCUCCAGCACUACCUCAGCCACAGCACCUGUGGUUACGACUAGCACUACUAAUGCUGAAAUAACGACGUCAGAAGCCUCCAGCACUACCUCAGCCACAGCACCUGUGGUUGCGACUAGUACUAUCAAUCCUGAAAAAACGACGUCAGAAAGCUCCAGCACUACCUCAGCCACAGCACCACCUGUGGUUACGACUAGUAGUAAUGCUCCUGAAAUAACGACGUCGGAAGCCUCCAGCACUACCUCAGCCACAGCACCUGUGGUUCCGACUAGUAGUACUGCUCCUGUAAUAACGACGUCGGAAGCCUCCAGCACUACCUCAGCCACAUCAGCUGUGGUUACGACUAGUACUACUACUUCCGAAAAAACGACGUCAGAAGCCUCCAGCACUACAUCAGCCACAGCACCUGUGGUUACGACUAGUACUACUACUUCCGAAAAAACGACGUCAGAAGCCUCCAGCACUACAUCAGCCACAGCACCUGUGGUUAAGACUAGUACUACUACUCCCGAAAAAACGACGUCAGAAGCCUCCAGCACUACCUCAGCCACAGCACCUGUCGUCACGACUAAAACUACUACUUCUGAAAUAACGACUUCAGAGGCCUCCAGCACUACCUCAGCCACAGCACCUGUGGUUACGACUAGCACUACUAAUCCUGAAAGAACGACGUCAGAAGCCUCCAGCACUACCUCAGCCACAGCACCUGUGGUUGCGACUAGUACUACUACUCCUGAAAAAACGACGUCAGAAAGCUCCAGCACUACCUCAGCCACAGCACCUGUGGUUACCACAAGCACUACUACUCCUGAACUAAUGACGUCAGAAGCCUCCAGCACUACCUCAGCUACAGCACCACCUGUGGUUACGACUAGUAGUAAUGCUCCUGAAAUAACGACGUCGGAAACCUCCAGCACUACCUCAGCCACUGCACCUGUGGUUACGACUAGUAGUACUGCUGCUGAAAUAACGACGUCGGAAGCCUCCAGCACUACCUCAGCCACAGUACCUGUGGUUACGACUAGUACUAUUACUUCCGAAAAAACGACGUCAGAAGCCUCCAGCACUACAUCAGCCACAGCACCUGUGGUUACGACUAGUACUACUAUUCCUGAAAUAACGACGUCAAAAGCCUCCAGCACUACCUCAGCCACAGCACCUGUUGUUACGACUAGUACUACUCCUGAAAUAACGACGUCAGAUGUCUUCAGCACUACCUCAGCCACAGCAUCUGCGGUUACGACUAUUACUACUACUCCUGAAAUAACGACGUCAGAAGCCUCCAGCACUACCUCAGCUACAGCACCUGUGGUUACGACUAGUACUACUACUCCUGAAAUUACGACGUCAGAAGCCUCCAGCAUAACCACAGCCACAGCCCCUGUGGUUACGACUAGUACUACUACUCCUGAAAUAACGACGUCAAAGACCUCCAGCACUACCUCAGCCAUGCCUGUGACGACUAGUGCGACUACUCCUCAAGUUACGGCACCAGAGACUUCCAGUACUAGUUCAGCCACACAUGUGAUUACGACUACUGCGACUACUCCUGAAUUAACGACGUCGAAAACCUCCAUCACUACGUCAUCCACACCUGUGACGACUAUUGCGACUACUCCUCAAGUGACGACACCAGAGACCUCCAGCACUACCUCAGCCACACAUGUGAUUACGACUACUCCUGAAUUAACGACGUCAAAGACCUCCAGCACUACGUCAGCCACACCUGUGACGACUAUUGCGCCUACUCCUCAAGUUACUACACCAGAGACCUCCAGCACUACCUCAGCCACACAUGUGAUUACGACUACUGCGACUACUCCUGAAUUAACGACGUCAACGUCAAAGACCUCCAGCACUACGUCAGCCACACCUGUGACGACUAUUGUGACUACUCCUCAAGUUACGACACCAGAGACCUCCAGGACUACCUCAGCCUCACAUGUGAUUACGACAGCUGCGACUACUCCUGAAUUAACGACGUCAAAGACCUCCAGCACUACGUCAGCCACACCUGUGACGACUAUUGCGCCUACUCCUCAAGUUACGACACCAGAGACCUCCAGCACUACCUCAGCCACACAUGUAAUUACGACUACUGCGACUACUCCUGAAUUAACGGUAUCAAAGACCUCCAGCACUACGUCAGCCACACCUGUGACGACUAUUGUGACUACUCCUCAAGUUACGACACCAGAGACCUCCAGGACUACCUCAGCCUCACAUGUGAUUACGACAACUGCGACUACUCCUGAAUUAACGACGUCAAAGACCUCCAGCACUACGUCAGCCACACCUGUGACGACUAUUGCGCCUACUCCUCAAGUUACGACACCAGAGACCUCCAGCACUACCUCAGCCACACAUGUCAUUACGACUACUGCGACUACUCCUGAAUUAACGGUAUCAAAGACCUCCAGCACUACGUCAGCCACACCUGUGUCGACUAUUGCGCCUACUCCUCAAGUUACGACACCAGAGACCUCCAGCACUACCUCAGCCACACAUGUCAUUACGACUACUGCGACUACUCCCGAAUUAACGACGUCAACGUCAAAGACCUCCAGCACUACGUCAGCCAUACCUGUGACGACUAUUGCGACUACUCCUGAAUUAACGACAUCAAAGACCUCCAGCACUACGUCAUCCACAACACCCAUGAGAACAUCAACUCCUUGGUGGAUGCAAAAGACAACUCCAUGGCCAAAAAAACGGGAAGUGGAGAGACUUCAACCUGGUAUUCCGAUUCAUUCCCCAACCUACUCUCCAAACAGAAGAAUGGAUGUUGAUGAGAAGAAGGGAUCCACUGUCGCCGAUGCUUUGGAGGAGCUGAGAAAGAAAUUGUUCCUCGGAGGCAGAAGACAAAGCUUGUUGUCUAGGAAAGGGCAAAUUUUCUAA